CUAACACACUCAAUUAUGAAAUACGUGACCUGCCUAAUUGACAUCAACACAAAGCCACCCUGUUCCUUCCGGUCUUCCGUCUGUCGAGUGCAGGCACUACUUAUUCCCUGGCUACACUGUUUCCGCAGGCGGUCAGUCCCCUUUCGGCCAGCUCUUGAUAUCCAAUCCACUCAAUCAAUCAUCAAUCAGGAGACAAAGAAAGAGAAAGAGAGGAAAUACAAGAAUCAGAUGGCAAUUGCUCACGUAUCUCCGGACAAGCUGCCGUGUGAUACCGGCGGCUCGUUUGUUGUGGUCCUCAACGAUCGGCUCCCUUCAGCGGACGAGUUUUCUCUCACAUUCAGAGGCAUCGUGACGAAGAAGACAAUCUCAGGAAAGGCGGUACCCAUUGACACCAAGACACUGAUGUGCACGGUUGGACGAUAUGGCGAACCAGAGGAGGUAAAGGUCGAGGUCGUCGGCACACCAGCAGCUCGAAAGAUCAAAAGCUUCAAGGUGUCGUUUCUCACACGUUUCCAGUUGAUAUGCAGCUUCCUCCCGGAGAACACACAAUUGCAAGCGCCGGUCGCAGUUGCGCGCUGCCUCAAGGAUCAGACCGAGAGUCGGCACACAAUGGAUGAAGAGCUGGCUGAAAUGUGUCGGCGAACGAUGCCGAACGAGUUGUCAUACAGAGACUUCUUCGGAGGCGAGCUCGACGAGCACAUGGGAUGGCAAGCGACGUUGCUUCACUUUGCUGCCGAGCGAGGACUGACCAAGUUCGCCACCGUUCUGUUGGCCGGCAGCAAGGGAGCCUACCAAGCGCUACACAGCGAGAACAAUGGCGGAUUGACGCCUCGAAAAAUCGCCGAGAAUUCGAACAACACGCAUAUGAAAUCAUUGUUCGACGACUACGAGUCGAUGGCUGAAGGCAAUGCCAUGCCUCUAAUUGAUUACAUAAAUGGUGAGGAACUAACAGCUGCGGCGUCAAUGCGUGAGACUUCGAGUGGCAAACACGAGCACGGCAAAUACUCAAGCAUGCUAGCUGAGACGAUAGCCAAGUGGAGGAGUCUCUCUCCUGAUGAGAAAGAGAAGGGCAAACGCGUUAAAGGAAUUUUUCGCAACUGGACGUUUCUAAGAAAUCGCAACAAACAGAAAGAAGAUAGUGACACAUCGAAUUGCAUCAGUUCAAAGAACAAGAAAGUGACAUCUUCUGAUCAUACUUCAGUUAAGUUUGCUGGGCGGCCUCUGCCUUCUCCUCCGAUGUCUGAGGAUGAAUCUGGGACAAGUGAUCGUGAGUAUGAAGACAUGGAUACUUCAAUGGCUCCAAAAAGCGAUGGUCGGAAAGAAAAGCCGUUGAUUUCGGUUGCGAAAACGGACUAUAGUCCGGGAUUUCAUGAUCCGAAAAAUGCUUUGAGAUUACGGAAAGGAAUACAAGUCAUGAUUCUCGAAAACCAGGGAGAAAGUCACUGGAUUAAAGCAAAAGUGAAUGGCCAAAUUGGUGUAGUACCCAGAUCGGCCAUAGAAAUGAAGUCAGAGAAGUCAAGAAACGACCAGAUAGCAGGCAAUGAUGGCGACAUUCAAGACAUAGACAACGAAGUAGACGCUGGGGAUUAUCAGACAGAAGAGUAUGUUGCGUUGUUCGAAUGGGAUGCUGAACGACCCGGCGACUUGUCGCUGCGUAAAGGAGAGGUGGUCGUCGUACUUGAAAAACGAAGGAAUCAGUGGUGGAGAGUGAGAAAGUCGACCGGCGAAACAGGAGUCUUUCCGGAGACAUACUUGAAAAAAUCCGAGACCAAACGAGUGCCCUUUGUGCCACCACGUCAACCAACAACGUUACCCCUAGAAAAUCACAAAGAACGCGAAGAGCUCAUCUCUCCCCCUCCCGUUAUCCACAAACCUGUGCUGACGUCCUUUAGCAAGCCCGGCAUAAAAAACACUGACACAUCAAUUCGAAAAGAAAGCAAAAACAUCGACGACGAGUCGCACAACUCCGGCUCGAGCAUCGACAGCGGACUCGGAGCAAUGUCGUCGUACGACAAAAGCCGCAGGAUUGCGGAACACGUUAGCAAAGCAGGAGAAGAAUAUCUACCGACUAACAGUUACUAUCAACGACCGCUCGGAAACACUCUCCCGCCUCCAACAAUCCGACGGAAUGCUACCGGAACUCCAGCCCUCCAACAGAAUUUCGGUGCCCUUCAGGAGGUUCCGAAUCUCGACCACGGCAAGCCUUCUUCACACGCAUUCCUCGCACCCGCCCUGCCGCCUCUCGACUACCCAAAAGUCAUACGAAAUUCAACAACCAUCAAGAAUGGCACACAACACACAAGAGAACAACAAAAGACAACAACAACACCUCCAAACACGAGACCACAAGUCGCAUCCCGCAAGCGAUUUGAAAAGUACACGUGUAUUUGGGAAUACGAAGCCGACGACGACACUGACUUACCGCUUCGAAAAGGCGAUACCGUCAUUAUUACCGAAAAGCACAACGACGACUGGUGGAGUGGAACGUGUCGAGGAAGAAAGGGAACGUUUCCAGCGAAGUUUGUUACGAAACUAGAAACGUAAGAAAAAUCGUUUCGAAACUCCUAGAUACAGCCAUAUUGUUCAGCCUCAACUUUGUACCAAAACAUGAAUAUCGUAAAACGAUGCAAA